GGGAGGGGCUAGGGCUGUCCCUGGUCCCUGGCGCCGCCUCCGUCUGGGUCUCUGCCUCCAGGACCUGCGGCGGCGGUGAGGUCCAGAGCGCGGCUUCCCCGAGGGCGGGCAGCGUGAUGGGUUGCGGGAACUCCACUGCCACCAGCGGGGGCGCGGGCCGAGGUCCAACAGGAGCAAUUAAAGAUGCGACAGAAGACUCCAUAACAGACGAAGACAAGAGGAGAAACUAUGGAGGAGUGUAUGUUGGCCUGCCCUCUGAAGCUGCCAAUAUGGUGUCUAGUCAAGCCAAGGCAGUACGGAAAAAGGAAGAUAACACAAUGUCUGGAUACUCAAGAGGCUUUCCACUCUGCGCCGUUCUUGCCAAAUACACUCAUGAUGUGGAAUGUCUCUCUGUGUGCUCUUGCUGAUGAAUUUGGAAGGAAUUUGGCUCCAGGGACAUUGUAUCUUCAAAGAAAUUCUGAAAGGUUGUCCCCUGCUGUGCCACCAUUCCCAAAUCCUAACUGUAUAGUUAAAGCCAUGGGUACAUACUGAAUGUUGUGGCCAUAGAAAGAAAUGGGUGAGACUUCGUGCUCACUGCGGGGACUCUGUGUGACUCACUGGUGAGAGAGCCAUAAAGGCUGUUGCUACCCUGCCUGGGCCACCAGGCUUUAUAGCAGUUUCCAUCCUGGCCAUUCAACACAGUUCACAAAAUUCAUGUCUUUUCACUGACACUCUUUUGAUAGUUUUUAUAUAAUGCAAUCGUUAUUGUAUUUAUAACAUGACAUUAGGGCCAUAUAAAGGAAUUACCUGAAAUACUAUAUUGCCUCUUGUCCCUUGAUGUUUCUACUUCGUUACUUUUUAGCCGUAAAGUUGGUAAAUGGAGUCUUACAAUUAUCUCCCUUUCUUACUACUUGGCUUUAAAUUUUUAUUUAAAUGUAAGAGAAUUCCCUCUGUUGAGAGCAUUGCAAUAUUUGAAAAUGAACUGGUUAAAUUUGCAUGCUAUCCACAUGUGAGGAUUAAUUCCUGUUUUCUUUAGUCAGAGGCUUACAUGACUACAGAUGUUCUCCAGUUGCCCAGUUGCCCGUUCUCCUUGUGUGUAAUCAGAGCAUUUCAUCGUGUUCAUUCUGUACCGUCUCUUAGGGCUUACAGGUGAUGCUUAAUGGGAUGGAUAUCUGGAAAGUGCUUAAUUUGCUAACAACAUGCAUACCUACUUAUGACUGCAGUGUAAGUGGCUCAGUUCACCAAUGUAUUUCAACAAUUAAACAUGUUUAUCCCCCUUA